AUGGGCACAGAACUAAUUGCGGCUCAAUCAGCUCCAGAUGUCCUAGAUGCUCCAGAUUUUGAAGACCCCCGGCUCGAUGUGGAGGGAUUUGUGGUCGAUUAUAUUGCUUGGCGAAUCAAGCAGGGCAUGCAAGAAUGGCAUGAACAGCCAGCAUUACCAUUCGGCACUCAACCUGAGCAUGAGAUGAUGAGGUUGAAGUUCUUUUUGAGUUGA